CGAAAAAUGAGAAAAUAGAAGGAGGAACAUCCUCAUCUUCGUCUCUGGUUGACUCCGGCAGCUUCCUGGAUGAUUUCAGGAAAUGCAUUGAAGGCUUUGACCCAGCUGAUGCAGCUGUGCUGAAGAUGCAGGCCGCCCAGCAAGCCACAACUGAAGCAACAGAAGAACACCCCAAGGGCAGUACAAAUGGACAUAAGGGUACACAAUUCGCGCACACGCCCAAGGUCCUGGAAUACUUGAAACUGAAAGAGAAUGGACUGAAGGAGGAUGGGAAGAAAUUUGUGAGUCGGAUGGGCCCGGUGGAUGAUGAUGACGAUGAUGAAGCAGCAAUGUUUAAAGAAGUGACGAGGUAUAACAUCGUGGAUGGUACUAUCAUGCACUGUAGAGAGCUGGAAAGGCAGGCUGGAGAAGGAAGUCAGGAUGGUGAUGAUGAUUCUGAAGACAGGCUGUAUGAUGAAGAGACUGGAUCAAUGAGCAGCCCAAGCCAACCCAUGGAAGAAGAGUCGGGAGAGAAUUUCUAUCCCUGCAAAGUAUGCAAGAAGAGGUAUAUUUCCAAAUCAAGUUUACGAAAGCACAUAUGUCGGGCUGGACCCGAAGCAGAAAAAGGUCAGCCAGCUGAAGAAGUGAAGACAGAUGAUGAAGCCAUUGUACCGUUACACCAUCCUAUCCCACUGCAGAUACCAAUUCCCAUUCCAAUUGACUUGAGAAGAGAUACAGAGAGCAAUGACAGUGAGGUCCUGGAUAUGAGGUACCAUAUUCCCAUGGCACAAUCCUUGGGUAAUGGUCACAUCAUAAGCCCUGUGACAGGAAGCAUGUUACCAACAAAUGGAGAGUUCUACACACUGACUGGAGAAGCCCUUGUCAUCAAUGAAAAUGGCAACCUGGUACCAGAGAUCCAUGCUUGUCCUAUCUGCAACAUGACGUUCCAGCAUGCAAGCCAACUGAUGAGGCAUAGAAGAACACACAGCAACGAGCGACCUUUUGAGUGUGCAGAAUGCCACCAGGCGUUCAGAAGGAAGUGCCACUUGAAGAGACAUUGGCAGCGAAUCCACAGCGGGGAGAAACCUUUUAAGUGUGGUAUCUGUGGGAAGGCCUUCAGCGACCGGGACCACCAGAGACAACAUGAAACCAUCCAUGGACCAGAGACCUACCCUUGCCUCAAAUGCCGCAGUGUGUUUCCAACAGAAGCAUACCUUGUUGCACAUGUAGCAGAGCAUCCUGAUUGUAAAGCAGCCUUUGCAAAAGGAGAAGAUGGCUCCCCCAAGAGGGUGCGUGGAAAACGUAAGGGAACCCCUGGUUCCUACCGAUGUGGCCUAUGUGGAGAUUUCUUCAAGAAGUUAAGGCAGAUCCAGACCCAUCAACGUGUGAGACAUCAUGAUGUAUUUGAAAAAAAGUACAAAUGCAAUAUCUGUGGAAAAGGUUUUGAUUUGAUAUCGGACUUGACACAUCACCGCCAUACACAUGCCGCCAGAGGGAGUAAAUAUGAUGUGGACAAAGAAUCAGAAAGGCCAACGAUGCUUAAGCAGAUGCUGACAAAUGCUGCAGAAAAGAAUUCACAGAAUAAACAGGAGCUAAUGGGCAUGUUGCAACUGUUAGAACGACGCAUCCAGCAACAGCAGAAGCAAGUCAGGAAGAUGGAAGACCAACAGGACCGCAUCUCUCAAGAGCUUGUAGACAGUACUACCACAGUAGCAACCAACAACAACUCCAUGGCCGAGUCAAUUCUUAACAACAGCAAGUUAAGAACACUGCUGGAGAGGAGACCACUCAGUGAAUUACCAGUACUUAAGAGAGAAUGUGACCUGCAACAGGGUGGCCCAGAUCCAAAGAUGCUCCGGACCAACAGGAUGGUUCUUGAUCUCUCAAAUCCCAAAUCACCAAAGACUCCUACUUCCUUGUCAUCCCAGCCAAGAUCAUCCAAUCCUGGUAAAUCUGAUGUCACUUUCAUUGGGGAACAAGCCCCAGAAGAAGCCAACCUCCUUCAAUCCUCUGCCAUCAUGGACUUGAUGACAGGUAACAGGCACAAGUGUGAAGAGUGUGGACUAUCUUUUCUCCUCUACUCCGACUUCCGAACACACCGUAAGAGGCAUGAGAGGGCACGAUUAGCUAUGGGUAAAGAAGAUGGUGGAGGGGGAACUGCAACGGAUAUGGUCUGUGGCAAUCCAGAAGGAGACCGCUCUCUCUGUCGGGACUGUUGCAACCAGAAUGAUUCCUCAGGGACCAAACCAACUAUGACGGUGCAUCACAAACAUGAUGAAGACAAUGGGAGACACACCAACAAGAUCGGACACAAGAUAUGGAACGGCAAACAUAGUUCAACAAGUAGACAUUGUGAAAGGAAAUCUGAAGAUGGCAAAGAUUGUACUCAGUGUUCAUUACUCAGGGAUCAACUCAGCAAGGAACGAGAGGAGAAAGGUGUCUUGAGAGAGGAGGUGGAUCGUCUCAGGGAGGCCCUCGUCAACUUCGCCAAGAUGGCAUCCACCCAUCCUACCCUGGGCGCCAAUAUAGGCCAGGAGCUCACUGCCCUCUUUAAUCGCACAGUCACCAUCAAGCAAGAGAUACAGGAGCUUGUCUAGCAUUCUCUCUUGCUCACCCGUCUCCAUUUUCCAUACAUGUUCACACUUGUGAAAGGCAAUUUAAAAAAAAAAUAUCUGUUCCUGAUCAUUGUUCUAUUGUCAAGCUAUGCACACUGUUGGUAAUGUUUAUUUGUGAUGUCAGGCAAUACAUUGGGCUUGCUUUUAUAUUUGCUGUUUACUGCAUAGAUGGUAUAAUGUUGAAUGUCUUGACUUUAAUAUUCUCUCGACUCUAUUCCUCCUUAUGGUGCUUAGAUGGGUCUUGUGUAAAUUGUAUUUUUGUUAUGAAUAUCGAGGGGAAAAAAACAGAAAUUUAGGCAUAUCUACAAAAAUAUUCUAAUAUGGCGAUUCUUUCCCAAAACUUGCAAAAAAAAGUGUGUUUAUUAUUUUCCAAUGUAUCUCUGAAAACUAGCAGUGCUUUGUUCAAGCAAAGGUGGAGAAAGAAUUUGAGUAAAAUGGGAGUCAUUAAUUAUAUAUGUGAUAGGAGAGAAAUAGAGAAAAAGGUCAUUUCAUUACGUUCAUGGUCUUACUCCAUGUAACCCAUGUUUCCAAGAGUUGGAAUGUGAAUACAGCAAAUUAUAGUAAACAAAGUCUGAAUAUUGCAAUACAGCAGGGUAGGAAAUUAUUUUUAUAUUUAGUGGCUUAGUUUUUGGCCAUAUUGGGGGUGAAUAUGGGGGCUAUUUGUUUGAUUUUCAAGGACAAAUUUACUGCUCAUUGAGCAAUUAUGCUGUCAAAACAUAUUUCUUUAUUCUGCUGUAUGUAGAAUAUUGACUAUCCAAAUGUUCUUGAAUAUUGUUUGUAAUAGUUCUUGGGGCAACAUUAGAAAAGAUGGUCACCCCAAAGCAUUAUAUUUUGCAAUUUUAAGGGGCAAUUUUGGCUGUCGUUAGGGUGAAAUCAGCCAUUAUCCUCAUGUAUAUGAUGCAUAAAGGAAUUUUUAAACCUGUCAAUGCAUUCAUUUGUAUCCAAGUUCUUCACAAAGAUAUAGUCAUUGUAUCUUACUUGCCAUUUCUUUCCCUAAAAAAUAUUGAGGAAGAUGGAAAGGUUAAUUGAAGAAGUAAAACAGAUUUCUACUUAUAUUUCACUGGGGAAAUAUGUACCUUCAUGUUUAGGUUUUGAGGUUUUACUAUGGGAUUAGAAGUACUCAUUGAUAUAUAUUGUAGUGAAAGCAUACCCAAUAUAAAGCAUAGUCAGUACUAUUGCUUUUGUAGUAAAUUUGAAAGAUACUACCAUUACCAUUUAGUGUGAUUAUCAUCUUCAUCAUCAUUUCCUUCAUUACAAAUGUGUUUGUUUGAGCACAUUAUAUUAUGCUACUUUUAUAAACUUUUGUGAAAACAUAUUACUUAUUGCCUCUUGUUUAUCUCAACAUUCUAUAGAAAUAUACAGUACAAAUUUUUUUAGUCAGAUAAAAAUCUUAUAUUGAUGAUAAUUUAUAUAUAUCUAUAUUAUGUAUACAACAUUGCUUUAUCGAUUAUUUGUUUUGCCAGAAGUACAUAGCCAAGUCAGUACUAGAAUGCAUCAGAUGAUUUUGUAUGUUUUAUUUUCUUUGAUUUUAUUUUCAUGAGAGAAUUACUAAUGAGAGAGAAAGAG